AUGGCGACUGCUGCAGAGCCCAGCACAGCAGUUCUCCACCCUCCUGCUACGGUUCAGACGAGUCAGCAGGACACAGUCGAAAGUCUCGUCAAGGAGAUCGAGGCCCUCAAGAUCAAACUCGACGAAGAACGCAGGAAGCUGAAUGAUGUCGCCCUUUCGACGAUUGCUCAACGCCUGGAAUCAGUGGGUCCAGUUAACAUCAAGCCACGGAGAGUCCUGAAGGGCCACCAGGGUAAGGUGCUUUGCGCCAACUGGUCUUUGGACAAGCGCCACAUUGUUAGCUCCUCACAAGAUGGAAAAAUGAUCAUCUGGGAUGCAUUUACGACCAACAAGGAACACGCCGUCACGAUGCCUACGACGUGGGUCAUGGCUUGUGCGUACGCACCGUCGGGCAACAUGGUUGCUUGCGGUGGCCUGGAUAACAAGGUGACAGUAUACCCGUUGAGUUUUGAAGAUGACGUUUCUCAACGCAAAAAGGCAGUCGGCACACACACGAGCUACAUGUCGUGUUGUCUAUUCCCGAACUCGGACCAACAGAUCUUGACCGGGAGCGGGGACAGCACGUGCGCAUUAUGGGACGUGGAAUGCUCUCAGCUCAUGCAAAGCUUCCACGGCCAUUCAGGCGACGUCAUGUCGAUUGACCUCUCCCCGACCGAGAUGGGAAACACAUUCGUCUCGGCUGGCUGCGACCGACAAGCUCUCAUAUGGGACAUGAGGAGCGGUCAAUGCGUCCAAACGUUCGAAGGACACGAAGCCGAUAUCAACACGGUGAAAUUCUACCCGAGCGGAGACGCGAUCGCGACUGGAUCAGACGACGCGACUUGUCGGCUGUUCGACCUCCGAGCUGACAGAGAAGUCUCCGUCUACACGAAGAGAAGCAUAAUCUUCGGGGUAAACUCGGUCGAUUUCAGCGUUAGUGGCCGCUUGCUCUUCGCUGGUUAUAAUGACUACACGGUCAACAUCUGGGAUACCUUGAAGGGCACUCGUCUGGGCAUUCUGUACGGCCACGAAAACCGAGUGACCUGUCUCCAAGUCUCUCCCGACGGCACAGCUCUGUGUACGGCAAGUUGGGACAGCACGCUCCGUGUCUGGGCUUGAGAAGGUUAUCCGUGGAUUCUCUGCUGAUCUCCGCGACUCAAUAAAGAAAUUUAGGGAAUCUUCAACCGCCGCGCGCGGAACCAUGACGACGGAGCCAGUCGAGCUCUGACCUGAGCGACGCGCCGGAAGGAAAGUCGAUAUACGGGUGGUUGAAUGGGGGUAGGUGGAUGGGUUGGUGGUUGAUUCUGUUCGUAAGUCACUCAGUAAGCAGUCAGUGACUACCAGCGGACGAUAGACGUUAACUACAUUCGACAAAGUCUCGUAUCAAGGUCGUCCAUCGCGAACCAAGUGUAAGAUAAGAGGGGUCGGCGGUCGGUCGGCUGGUCGGUCACGGAUAUCGUUCCCUAUCUGCACGAAGGGAGCACUCGGAUCGACCGAGGCCGGAUGAAUGAGUGAGAUUCGUGAUAACUGAUUGAAGAGGAAACUAAGAGAACGAAUCGAGUUAUGUCUGGGAAACCAAUCGGAAAGAACCACGGAAUGCAUGAGUGCAGACUCUCUGGGAAUCGAGACCGGAUGUUGGCGGUCUCCACCCAGCUAGGUGGAUGGUGAGAUAUCAUCCAAGGAAGAAUGGGAAGGAACG